GCUCCUAUCACCCGCACUGCAGCACGCUGUUAAGAGCCAGGGCCAAGGCAACUAAGGCCUGUCCCAUUGCCCGAAAAAAACCACCAAUCUGUUCUCAUUCAACAGGCCCCGUUAUUUUUCUACCGCCCAGUCUCUCUCACAUCCAGUCCUCCCUUCACACCGACAGUAUCCCAACCACACGACACGACAAGACCACGAGCAUCACCUCGCCCGACCUCUAUCAACACUGACACUGUGAGACCCCACUGCAUGUGAGUCUGCCUUUGCCCCCUUUCCUUGACGACCGCCAUCAUCACCCUCUGCCCACUGCAUCGCGACCCGACCAGUCCACCUCUAUCAUUAUCAUCGACAUCGUCAUCGUCACCCUACCAUCCUCGUAUCAAGGGGCGGCCUGCAAACGACACGCGUGCCUCGUGCCUCGUGACCCUGCCCUCAAUCCCAUCCUGUGCCUUCUUCCCGUUUAUCUGUCACCUCCAAAUCAUCUCGGGCCGCAGCCUGGCUACACCUUGCCUGUGUUCCUUGCUGCCUUGUCCCUCCCGAGUCCUGCCUGCGCCGUCCGUUUCUGCUAUCUGUCAUUUACCCCGGCACCGAGUACAAAGAUAAAGGGUCUUGUUCUCGCCUCCUCACACACAUCCUAGCUCAAGCGUCAUCACAUACCGCCAACAUGGGUCUCUCCAUCUCAAAGCUGUUUGACCGUCUGUGGGGAAAGAAGGAGAUGAGAAUUCUGAUGGUCGGCCUGGACGCUGCCGGAAAGACUACCAUUCUCUACAAGCUCAAGCUGGGUGAAAUCGUCACAACCAUUCCCACCAUCGGCUUCAACGUCGAGACGGUCGAGUACAAGAACAUUUCUUUCACCGUGUGGGAUGUCGGUGGACAGGACAAGAUUCGACCUCUGUGGAGGCACUACUUCCAGAACACCCAGGGUAUCAUCUUCGUCGUCGACUCUAACGAUCGCGAUCGUAUCGUCGAGGCCCGGGAGGAGCUUCAGCGUAUGCUGAACGAGGACGAGUUGCGCGAUGCCAACCUCCUCGUCUUCGCCAACAAGCAGGAUUUGCCCAACGCAAUGAACGCCGCAGAGAUCACAGACAAGCUUGGCCUCCACAGCCUGCGACAGCGUGCCUGGUACAUCCAAUCCACUUGCGCUACUUCCGGUGAUGGUCUCUAUGAAGGUCUCGAGUGGCUCGCCACAUCCCUCCGCAAGGCUGGCAGCGCCUAAGGCGUCGGUUUCGACGGAUAUCUCCUCGGCAGUCCGCACUCGGUUGUGCCUCACAAGUUACCUCAACGCAAUCGAAUUUAUUUAAGGACAAUGAACCAGGACAUAAUGCAUCGCAAGGUGGUCACGAAUGAAUCAGUAGAGCCGCUAAUCGGGGCAAACGAGGUCAUUUCGCACGCUUGGUCUUUCGCGGAAAGAAAGGCGGGGAACGGGGCGCAACGGGGCAAGGAAUCUUUGUACGAUUUGAGGAUAUGAUUCCGACUUUUUCAAGACACGUCACGUCCCUCUUUCAUCAACAGCAUUUGAUACGAGGGAGGGAGUGGGUUACGAAUCAAAACGAAAGGCAUUAUGUUGGUCUGGUCUUUCAAUCCUCGCCGCCUCAUCGAGCUUUAGAUACGCGAGUGGGAGAGAAGGAGGAAUCAGUGGUCCACCCUUGCAUCAGCUCGCUCCCCCCGCCUCUCGGGGCUCCUUCUUGACACGCAAAGCAGGAGUCUUUCUUGUUAUCGUCGUUUUUACAUAGACUGGUUUUAUUUUUGCUCUUCCACUGUGCGCCUUGGUCUUUGUCUCGCACGCGCCAUGGGACAAGAAAGAAAAACACCACGUCUUUCCGUCAAAGUCACCACUCAUUGUCUUAUGCCAGAGGCGCGGUUCGGGUCGGCAUUUGUGUAGUCAAGUAAGAAGAAAAGUUUGCAAUACACAUCAUCGUUUCUUCGAGCAAGCCUCGAGGCAUGAUUAA